AUGGGUGGGUUUCUUGAUGAGGAUGCUGUGCGAGUGGCGGCAGCUAAGUCGCUGGCAGAGUGUGCCAUUGAUCGGCUUCAACAGCAAGGAAACCUCGUGGAGGCCGAACGCGUGUUGAAAGAGUGUGUGUCAAUCCUCGACGGCAGACGAUAUGAGAAGGGACGUGACGGCAUAUUGGCUGCCACGCUGGGUAUGCUGGGCGAAUGUCUUUUGGACGCAGGGAUAGAGCAAAAGGAAGGAGACAAAAUGAAGGAGGCCGAGGGAAUACUAAGACGCGCGUUGGUGGCAGCCGAGUUGGAUGGAGAAGACUCCGCGAUAGCCAACGCUCUGUCUGAACUCUCUCGCUGCCUUCGAGAGCAAGGCUAUGUACAGAUGCGCAAGCUGGGGGAGUCGGAAGAGCUGAUAACGAAGCUAGGGGAGGCGGCAGAGCUGCUGGAGCGCUGUCUGGAAGUUCGGGAGGCCAAGCUGGGCCCAGAUGAUGAUAUGGUAGUUGGCACGCAGCUCGAAUGGGGAAUAUGCCUCUCAGAGGCAAUGCGACCGGCGGAAGCCGUUCACACACUGAGGCAAUACUUGGCAAUCCAAGACGCGAAGCUUGAUCCUUCGGACAUACAGAUAGCGAGGGCGCUGAGACCCUUGGCUGUCUGUCUUUCACGAAUGGGAAAACCGGAAGAAGCCCGGGGUGCACUUGGGCGUUGCCUCGCAAUCCAGGAAGCCAAGAUGUGUGAAGACGUCGAAAACUUAUCCUUCACGCUGCAUCUACUUGGUCUGCACCUCCUAGAGUCCGGGGAGCCAACGGAGGCGCAGGAGAAACUGCGGCGCUCUUCGGCAAGGCUGGGGCCAGGGCAUUGUUUGGUGAUAUCCAUCGAGCUCGAGCUGGCUAUAUGUCGCCGAGUAGAAGAUCACAAGCGCUGGGAUCCAGGGAUGCCUGUAGGAAGCAGCACGUUGCACAUGCUUGAUCAACAUGACUGGGAGUACGAGGCACUAUGCGAUCAGUUCAGGACCAAGUGGCUCAAGUUCCAGCCGCCAAGGGGUGUCUCGAUCGAGCGUAUUUUCAGCAUUCAGAUCGACCCGGCAGUUCGUAACAAGCAUGAUCGCUACAAGCUCACGGUUUCGAUCAACCCACGCCGACAAUUCCACGGCACCUCCUGUAACGAAAAGUGCAACUUCAUCGUCAACCCUCAGCGGGAAGCCCCCUGCGGACUGAGCAGCUGCAGCGUGUGCAGCAUUUGCAUGCAAGGCUUCAAGAUCAAGGAUAACGUCGGCACCACGGCGAGGAGGACUGGCUUCAGCCUUCGCUACGGAGAGGGCGUCUACUUCAGCAGCGUGUCCGGCAAGGCCAAUGACUACGCCCGCUUCUCCCAAAAGACGGCCCCCGACGGACGAAGGCUGAGAUGCAUGUUUGUCGCUUACGUCGCGAAGGGCAAUCCCUACCUGACCAAGGAAGCUAGUCUCCCGCGAAACAAGUGCCCACCUUCGGGCCUCGAAUCGGUCGAGGGUAUGGCUACACUGGUACCCUAG